UCCUCUCCCUACAACAACGGGAAUUGAGAACAUGAACGUUAGCGGUGCUUAACGCUCCGUUUUCUGUUAAAUCGGACCCUUUUUCUUUGUUUUAAGCUGCUUGAGAGGCAUAUAUGCUGCACUCGUGUUAUCUGCUACCUUGAAGCGUUCCGUAACGAGUUUUAACUCUGGACUUUUAACAGAGUCUGUCUCGUCUCGCUAUAAUUGUGUACAUGGUUUCUUUUGGUCGUACCGUAAUGGUUGUCUUCAUUAACUAAUAAUUUCUCGCACCUAUCUUCGUCUUAGUGGCUUUUAUUAUCCAGUUCAUUUUCUGUACCGCACUGUUUUUGCCAUUGAACUAUAAUCUUUUGAUACAAGUCUGCCUUACACUUAUCUAAACUCGAUUCCCAUAUAUUGAUUAUUGUCAUUCGUCUCAGUGUCGUCAGGUGUGUAUCUACGCGCGUUUUUUCUUGCGUAGAUGUGGUUUUCUGAGCUUCGACGGGUACUUCCAAGAUACCCUUUUCUGCUGUUCCACUACUCAUAUAUCCUCUGUCUCACCCUCUUUGGGUCCAUUCUCGUGUACACUGGAGGUACAAAGAUUGACUAUGUUGAUGCUCUUUUCCUAGCAAGCAGCGCUGCAACCCAGGCAGGACUAAACACAGUAGAUUUGAACACACUGUCUAUUUGGCAGCAGUUCGUGCUCUAUGGAAUCACCAUGAUUACUGUGCCUGUCUGGAUUAACGGUGCCAUCUCUUUUCUGCGGCUGUACUGGUUCCGUAAAAAGUUCAAGUAUGUCAUUCGAAAAAUGAGAGUGCAGCGACACUUACGGAAGGAGGAGAGAAAGAAGUGGAAACAUCAGAUUGAUUUGGAAGACAACGGUCUUCGUGGGCGUCCUAUUCGUGUGCUUUUGCCUCAUGAAAAUGUGAAUAAUAAAGAGGACGACGGGGUUUCUAACUCUACUUUCAGAUGUCCAGAUGGUACUACAUCCGCGACACGUUCUUCCAUGGAAAUACACGAAACAAAUAUAAACGAUUCACUAUCUAAUGGAUUGUACGAGAGUCCAAUGUCUUCCACAUCCGGCAGUCGAAAUGAUCCGAAUGCUGACGAUGUACCGUCGGAAAUACAUUCUGAUUAUGCAGUUAAUGCAAAGGAUUACCGUUCAAAUGAUAUCGAAAUGGAUGACCUGCACCCACGUCUACGUCGACAAGCAUCAAUCUCAUCCGAAGGACAAAAGUCUAGUCGCACGCUACAACGAGGUUCCACAAGUUCUACAAGUGAUAAGGACUUUUUGUCACCCCCGCAGAAUGUUACCUCUUAUUCCGAUACCAAUCUCUUAAGUCACUCUCGUUUGCCAAGCAACAUGGACACGUCCACAGUCUCCAUUUAUUCUGCGCCUCCCGUUCGAAAUUACGGAGUACAUGAAUCAGACUUAAGUUCAUCUAGAAGUUCAUUGUCCGGAACCAACGACGAUGAUGACGAUGAAGACGAAGACCGGCGUUCUGAUCCUCAUAUCGCUUUCACCAACAUCCACAAACCGUCUCGUAAUCAACGUCGCGAGCAAAAGCGAACUGCUAAGAGACGUCGGUCGUUUUACUCUCAUCGCGAAGAAUCAAAGCAUCUUCCCCUUCCUUUACGCUGGAACCGUUCUUUUAGUUUGCACACGCGGACACUUACCUUCGAUAGAUUUCUAUCCAAUGCUUUCCGACGCAAACGGGAAGGAAGUAUCAUGUCUGGUCGAUCACGUCGAACAGCUAUGUCACUUCCGUACCUUUCAUACAGUCCAACUGUUGAUCGUAACUCUGCAUUUGUUACUUUAACGAAAGAGCAGCGAGACGAGUUGGGCGGUAUCGAGUACAGGGCCUUAAAAAGUCUCUGUUUUCUCAUUUUGUUUUAUUUUGUAUUUUUACACUUGGUUAUUUUCAUCAUGUUUCUUGUAUUUGCCUAUACUGCAAAAGGUUCUGAACGUGUAAUUGAAAGCUACGGUUUGAAGCGAGGCUGGUGGGCUUUUUUCACAUCUGCCUCUGUUUUUAAUGAUCUUGGCUUUACUUUAACACCAACCUCUUUCAUUCGUUUCAACCUUAACAUAUUCAUCCUGCUCACUUCAUCCUUUUUCAUCAUCGCCGGAAACACCGGCUUCCCUUGCCUUUUUCGAUUCGUCAUUUGGUGCUUCUACUGCAUUGUCCCGUCUUCUUCAGGGAAAAAAGAAGCAUUAGCAUUUUUGUUGGACCAUCCUAGACGUUGUUUUACUCUACUAUUCCCCUCUAAAGCCACAUGGUGGCUAGUUUUCAUUCUUGUCAUCUUAAAUGCCAUUGAUCUACUCAUUUUUAUGCUUUUGGACUUGAACAACUCUACUAUCAAGAAAAUUCCCACCGGUUAUCGAGUGGUGAACGCACUUUUCCAGUCCAUUUGCACUAGAACUGCUGGCUUUACCAGUGUUACAUUGUCCGAACUUCACCCAGCUGUAUUGGUCAGUUACAUGGUAAUGAUGUAUAUAUCUGUUUUCCCAGUUGCUAUAAACAUGAGAACUACCAACGUGUAUGAAGAACGUUCUCUUGGUAUUUAUUCGGCCGAGGAAGAUGGAAAUGCUUCAUUCAUUGGCACUCAUAUUCGUCAGCAGUUGAGUUACGAUUUAUGGUAUAUUUUCCUUGGGCUUUUUAUUCUGUGCAUUUGUGAAGGUCAUAAAAUUACCGAUUAUGCUAAUCGAGAUUUUACAAUCUUCAACCUACUCUUUGAAGUUGUGUCAGCCUAUGGUACUGUUGGUCUUAGUACUGGUGUCUCUACUGCUAAUUGUUCACUUUCUGGUGAUUUUUGUACAGUUAGUAAGCUUGUUAUUAUUGCACUACAAAUCAGAGGACGCCAUCGUGGUCUUCCACGUGCCGUGGAUAGAGCUAUUAUGCUUCCAUCCGAGAAGAACUAUCUCAAGGAAGAGGAAGAUUACAGACGCAGACAACAAGGGGGAAACAGAAUGUCUCGAACCUACACUUAUUCAACGAAACAAAGCACAAUGGGAUAAUGAGUAUAAUGAUAACUUUACCACUAUAAUACUGUUCACAUAAUAUAGAUUUCACAAUUGGAAGCAAUUAUUGACUGUAUUUGCAUACGGCUUAUAUCGCUUUCUUUAAAAGUGCAACGAACAAUUUAAAAAAAUCCAUUAUUAAAUAACACUACAUGCAAGGACAUUUAAAAACAAGUUCAUAAAAUAAAAAUUUAGACACCAGCACGAUAAACUGUCUGUCCACCAUUUCUCAUUUGAAUUGUUUCUUUUCCUGCUAGAAUUUGCAAAGCCAUUUCAAGUGCUCGUUGAGAGUAGCCAUGACCGUUAACGUAUUCACGGACAAGCAUUCUAUAGCUAGCUUGAAAACCAAUAGGCAGACGCUUCCUAAGACUUGCUUCGAUUUUUUUAACUUCUUCUGUGACCUCUGGUGAGUUUGACGUUGCAGCGGCCAAAGUAGACGUCAAAAACAGCCGAAUAGCUUCAUUUGCAUGCUCUUCCGUAGCCACGCUGCUUAAGGUCAUCUUUGCAAGUGCUUCAGUAAUUCGAAUAAUGGCUUCUAGUUGACGAACGGUAAUGGGAAUCGUUGAACGUUCGUUACUUUCACUCUCAACCUGAUGGACACGUUUUCGAAUAGAAACAAAUUGACUCGAGAGUUUUUCAGCGGCUUCAGCCGUCAGUACGGGAGCGCACCUAUGCCGACAAUAAUUGAUGUAACGACGGAAAAUGUCAAGGGGAAUCUCACCAAUUGCUAAGGUUUCUGGGGCAUCUUGCAAAUUGGUAUGCAAGCUAAUAACAUGCUUAGCAAUGUUUUUAUCACGCGUUUCGUCAUGUUCGUCACGAACAAUGAAAAUCAUGUCAAAUCUUGAAAGAAUAGUAGUUUGAAAGUCAAUGUUCUCACCCGGAGACUUCAUCUCAUCGUAACGGCCAAAGAUAGGAUUAGCAGCAGCGAGAACAGAUGUUCGAGAGUUUAAGAUGGUAGUGAUGCCAGCUUUUGCGAUUGAGAUAGUCUGUUGCUCCAUUGCUUCAUGAAUUGCGACACGAUCUUCAUCACGCAUUUUGUCGAACUCAUCAACACAUACAACACCUCCGUCUGCAAGUACCAUGGCUCCACCCUCUAGGUAGAAUUCUCGAGUGGCUGCAUCUCGUUGAACAGAGGCAGUCAAACCGGCGGCCGAAGAACCUUUACCAGAUGUGUACACGGCAAUAGGAGCGGCACGUUCAACAAACUUCAGGAAUUGGGAUUUUGCAGUACCAGGGUCACCAAGCAGCAGAACAUUAAUAUCACCACGUAGCCGCAUUCCAUCUGGUAGAAUUUUUUUGGAUCCAGAAAACAACAAACAAGCAAUAGCACGCUUAAUGUCUUCAUUACCGUAAAUUGCUGGUGCAAUGCUGUUUGCGAUAAUCUGAUAAAGAUUAGGAGUACGUGAAAUUUCUAAGAAUUGUUCCUCUUCCUCUUCACUAAAAAGAGGAAUGGACUUAGUUCCGUCAUCGUCGUUUCUUUGUAUACCCAGAACCCGAAUGUAGGGGUUCCGAAUAGCAACAGCUCCAUUUGCCUUAACGGCUUUGUUUUGAAAGAUGGAAAAAAUUCCUGUAAUGACACAACGCGUACCUGGCGAAAUCAAGUUUGUUAGGUAGCGGUCUGCGUUCAGAAGAACGUGACGUGGCAGUUCACCAACCGGUACCAUGUCAGGAGCCUCCUGGAGCUUCAACACUUGUUGGUCAAUAAAUGUGGAACGAGAGUGAUCAAUGAUAUAGGGAUCCAUAGGACAAUCCUUGCGUUCGCCCUCCAGCACCGGGCUGUCACAGACACGCGGAAUUUGGAUACCGGAAAAGCCACCGGUAACGAAGAUAGACUUUGAGUUUCCACAACUUCGGCAUACCAAAUGAAGUUUUGUAGCACGACAAGACAGUGUCGAGGCACCAAUGAUGAUUCCAGGAACACGGACCAGACGAGAUAUGUGUGCAGCAUUCAAGUCUCGAAUGGAGAGGACAUUAGCGUCGGAACGCAGGAUAAGUUGGCACGUUGGAAUCUCAACAGCUUCUUGAUCGCGAGGAAAAAGCAGUCGUUUAGCGACAGUUGUAAUAGCAGAUUCAAACAAAGGCAGCAUUUCUGCUGGUUCACUUGAUAAUAAGUGUGCGAGAUCUUCAUUGAAGCUGAUUAAGUGUUUUACUUCGACUUCCAGGCAGUAUUUUUUAACCAGAAGAUUGUCACGUAGUUGCGUCCGAUACACAAAAUUUCCAUCAAUAACAAACUCUUCCAGAAAACGAACAAAACUCCGUUCAUAGUUUGCCUUAGAAU